GGGGAAAAAGGUAGCAGUCCUUCUGAGGAGCUGUGCCAAUGUUUGUUUAAACGCAACUGUAUUUUGUUUGCUCUGUGUAUCCAAUGGCUGAGGAGAAUAGAUUCGGCAGAUCUUGACAGGUUUCUGUGAAAAAUCUUUUGGAGAAAAAGAAAGACCCCCCACAUCCCUACCUCUUCCCUCUUGUUACAGGUGAGCCUUGUGGGCACUUUGGAGACCUUGGCUUCUGACUGUGUGAGCUUCCCCUGGGAUUAGAAGAGCCAUGGGGAAAGACAAGAAGGAAGAGGAGGCUGUAUUUCUGAGGAAAAAGAUUACCUUGCUGAGGGCUUUCUCGCUUCUUAUCGGCAGCAUGGUUGGCAGCGGCAUCUUUGUCUCCCCUAAAGGAGUACUGAAAAACUCUGGCAGUGUGGGCUUCUCCCUGACUGUCUGGUUUGCCUGUGGGCUUCUCUCCAUGUUUGGUGCCUUGAGUUAUGCAGAGCUUGGAACAAGAAUCACCAAGUCUGGAGGACACUAUAUCUACAUAUUGGAGACAUUAGGGCCUCUGCCAAGUUUCUUAUUUCUGUGGGCAGAGUUUUUUGCUAUCAGGCCUGCCAACAGUGCUGUGGUUUCUUUGGCGUUCGGACGUUACAUGCUGGAGCCUUUUUUUGCCCCUUGUACAGCUCCUCUCCCUGCUGUGAAGCUUGUGUCUCUCCUGGGAUACUACACUGUCCUCACGCUGAAUUCUUGGAGUGUCACCUGGAGUGCCCGGGUGCAGACGGCCCUCUCCAUCAUCAAACUCCUUGCUCUUGCCCUCAUCAUCGUACCAGGGAUGAUGCUUCUGGCCCAAGGCCACACUGAAAACUUCCAGGAUGCUUUUGACAGACAAUCAUUGGUUUUGGAUAAGCUGCCCUUGGCUUUUUAUGCAGGGAUGUUUGCAUAUUCAGGCUGGUUUCAGACUAGCUUUGUGCGUGAAGAAUUGAUCAGACCUGAGAGAAAUAUCCCACUGGCUGUGAUUGUGUCCGUGAUCACUGUAAUUGUGGGGUAUAUGCUCACCAACGUUUCCUAUUACACAGUUCUAGGGACGCAAGAUGUUCUGGCUUCUCCAGCUGUUGCUGUGAGUUUCGUGCAGCGAACCUUCAAAAGCCUUAUCUCAGUGGUCCCUGUCCUUGUUGCACUGUCCUGCUUUGGAACAAUGAAUGGGGGAAUCUUCACAUUUUCGAGGACUCUUUUUGUGGCUUCAAGAGAAGGACAGUGGCCUCCUCUAUUCUCUAUGAUCCAUAUUCGAAGGCAUACACCUCUUCCUGCUGUCAUGUUAAUGUUCCCUUUGGUUACUGCCAUGGUGUGUAUCGGAGAUAUCUACCAUUUAAUGAACUUCUUCAGCUUUUCCCGAUGGCUCUUCAUAGGAUUAGCCACCCUUGGGCUCAUCGUCCAUCGCUACCGCCACCCAGAGGUGCACAGCCCAUUCCAGGUUCCCCUGUUCAUUCCUGUCUCUUUUACCAUCAUCUGCCUCUUCACAGUGGGAAUGUCUUUCUACUCAGACCCUGUAAAUAUUAGUAUUGGAUGUACCGUGGUUUUAAGUGGCUUUCCAGUCUACUACCUCGCAGUCCACAGGCGAAUGCCAGAUCGUUGCCAUAGCCUGUUUUAUUAUCUCACACACAAAUUGCAGGUACUACUGGAAGUAGUCCAACAAGAAAUCAAGACUUACUGAGGAAACCAUCACAACUUAAAGAAGAUAAAAUAUACUUACUGCAUUUUUGAUACCUUUGGUCCCACCAAAAGCAGGUCGUGCUCUCAUUCUUUUAAUCACUGCAAAUGAAGAUGUUCCUGAGCCAAAAUCUUGCUGCAAGUGUUCCCAAGCUUGCCACUUGGGAUCUGCAGGAGCGUGUCACAGCUGCUCUUUUGCUCUCUCUCUCUCUCUUUUUUUUUUUUUAAGCAAAUCAGUCUAGUUCAUUGAAAUAAGCUUUCUUUACCUCAAGAGUGUACUUAAAACCAAGAUCCUAACUUCACUGUGUUUUUGGAUUUCCUAACCUGGCAAAUAGAGGAAGAGAGCCUGCUGCAGAAUUUAAGGAAGUCAAACUCACAAAAGUGAGCUUGCUUCAAGAAGAAACAUGGUAGUAGUCAUCCAAAAUGGUGCUGUGGACAAGUAUUAUAAAGGGAAGUGAGCAUGGAGACAAAACAUUAGAAAUAAAGUCAAUGAACUGGAAAGGAGGAGUGAGGGGAAUAAAACUUCAUUACCAGAAAGUGCAGAUUCAGAUUAAUGAAAAAAUACUUGGAAAUCAUUUGAAAUUUAAAUCGAUAGCAAAGUAGGGUCAGAAUGCUUUGCUUUGAGCAUUGUGCAAGUAGAAUGGCUUUAUUUUUAUUUGAAAAAAUAUUUCACGUUGAGUAUUAUUUUUCUGAAAUGAUAUUUCGAAGUGUACCAACAGAAACCAGCUGAACACCCAGAAGAAUGUGACAAAAUAUGUUCUCCUCUUCUUCCCCACCCUCCACCUAAACCUUGAUCCUACCAGUCAAACUGAAAUUCAAGUUUUGGUCCAGCUGCAGUGAAAUACAGUUUUCCUUUAAUUAGGCAAAUUCUUCAAUGAAAUUUGGGCAGAUUCCUUAAAAAAGUGAAUUUUUUGGUGUGGUAAGAAGGCAAGAAAAACUUCAUGCAUGAGCUUUAAUUUUAAACCUGUGGGCGAAUGAUUUCCUGAAUGAGCGUUUAGAUGCUCAUUUGAACUACUGACGAAAGGAAGGUUUCCAGUAUUCAAUGAACAUUACUAAUGUUGUGAAGUUAUGUCAAGAUAAAACAGUAAUUAGCUAUUCACAAUGAUUUACAUGUUAAUCUUCUCUUAAAAGACCAGAAACAGUAUAUUGAAAAUUGUCUAACAGCCUCUGGAGUGAGAAAGAGCAGAAUGUGAAGCAUUUUAAAUAUUUUGUAUCAUACAUCUAUGUACUUGGAGUAAAACCAAAGUAGCGUUUAUAACAAUUGAUGUAAUCCAUCCAAACUUGUGAA